CUCACGUCCGAAUCUCGUCCAAGCAUGAACUCCGCAGACAACACAGCGAACUUGCGCGGCAACCUGCAGCCCUGUUUUCCUUCCUUUCUCUCUCUUUGAACCUUCAACUUUGUCUUGGUCCUCGGUCUGGCAUAACAAAAGCGCUGCUUCGUUUCCCUUGUCUGUCUGCCCGUUCUUUUCCCAGCUUACUUUGGCGCAACCCUGGCCUCGUCGGCGCUGACGCUCCCCACUCUGGUUGGGCUCAGAUUCGUCAUACCUUGGUUUGUUCUGUUGUCUUUGGUCUUCGGUGUUACUCACGCAUGUCCGUGUUUUUGACCUCGCCCUCAGAUCGAACUCAACUUCGUCUUCCCUUUUCCGCCCAACUUCCCUAAUCUCCGCUACCACCUGUCCGCCCGCACCUACCAACUGAGAAAACUUCCACCACUGCAUUCCCUCGGCGGGUCUUCUCGUUUCUUGCCCUUCCUCCCUGCCGUCGCGGCUUCCUGCUUUGCCUUCCCGCCGGAGAUGCCGUCUUGUUACACACCCACGGACCUGCUUUCAACUUCCCACCUUUGAUCAGACCCGACAUGCGAAUCCCAAGUCGCAGUCCCAAGAAGGACCACCAUGGCCACCGGAAGAAGCACGGCGGAGGCGGCUGUCGGCUCCUGUCGUCGCCCCCGCCGUCGCCGCCACCGCGCGCUGCCUCGCCCAAGCUUGGCAACUUUGGGGCUCUCUUUAGAGUCCUAGCCGACGACCCGAUCUUCGUCUUCCCCGACGCGCGGUCCACUUCGCCUGCCGUCUCGAAGCAGUCGACGUCCGCAGUCGGUGGUGCCCCUCCAAGCCCGGCUGCAUCAUCCUCCGAGCUGGUAGCAUCCGGGCCUGCCGAUGACGGCACGUCCCUGGCCCGUGAGCCCGAGGCCGAGCAGUCGACACCCCGCGUGCCCUUCAUCCCUCGCGAGUUCCUCGACAGACUCGACUUCUCUGCUCUCAGCCCGGCAAUCUCCGAAGCCCGAAGCCCCAUCUCUUCCAAGGCAUGGAGCUCGUCUCCCGCCACCCAGACCUACUCCACAGCUGCCUCGUCUCCGCCCUCGAUGGUAGGAGAUAGCUUCAACUCUGCCGAUGACCGCUGCGAUGCACCAUUUUUCAGCAACCCAACCAACGAGAUUUCUUUGCCCGGCCCCAGUCUACUGAAACAAAACGACCCGGUCCGGAAUUUGCAUCCUGAUCCUAUCGAAGCACCCGAAGCCUCGACUCCUUCUCAUUCUGUUGGUGGUGCUAUUUACGGCUAUCAUUUUGCCGUGCCUUCAACAGCCCCAGUCUCUUAUGGUCCUAUCUACGGUCCUCCCUGUAUCAUCACACCCUACGAAGGGCUCAACACAGCCGCUCUCGCGACCCUCAAACAAGAGCUGCGGGCGGCCGAGCAGUCGCUCGCCGACGACGAGCACAAGCUUGCAUCCGCCGCGGAUCGAAACUAUAGCCGUCUCGCCCAGGGGCCCGCUUAUCUGGAUCACUACUCUUAUGGCUAUAAUGUCUUCACAGUCCCAAAUCAGCCUCUUUGGUUUUGUCCCAUUCCCCUCGGCCCGCUCUCGCGUGUCGAGCAGGUUGACACGCGCGACUACCAGCCGCAGUACGCGCCUUUCCACAACGCAAACGUCGUCAACCCGGUUUAUUUGGCCAGCAGACCCGCGAAGGCCAACAUCAUUGCCGCAAGGCUUGGCCUCGAGUGCGCUAAGGACGCUGUCUUGCAGGCUGAUUACGCUGCCGUGUCGAGCGAAGAAAUCCACAUCUUCGUCGACAUGUCGAAUAUAAUCAUCGGCUUCUACCAGCACGUCAAGCGCAGACGGGGUAUCCCUGCAAGCAAGAGGAUGCUUGCGCCGCCCUUCUGGUUUGAGGGCUUGUCUCUGAUCCUCCAACGCGGCCGCCACGCCGCCAAGCGCGUUGUUGCAGGCUCCGCGGCUGAGCCACAUGUCAAAGACAAGUGGCCGCAGUACAUGAAGGACGCGGAGGGCCUUGGCUACGAGAUGAACAUUCUCAGCCGCGUGACCAGGCCACAGCCUCCGACGCCCAAGGCCCAGCGACACAACAUGCGGCGUGCAAAGCCGAACAACCAGUCCUUGACAGGAUCCUCGGACGAGGACCCACGGGCCCCGCCGCCCUGCAUCCUGAAAAACGGAGAGCAGGGAGUGGAUGAGAUACUCCAUCUCAAGAUGUGCGAGAGUGUUCUCGACUUCGAGAGGAGCACCAUCGUCCUGGCGACCGGAGACGCUGCGGUUGCCGAGUUCUCGGGGGGCUUUCUCGCCAUGGCUGAGCGGGCCCUUGCCAAGGGAUGGCAUGUCGAACUUGUUACGUGGAAGUCGUCAAUCUCGUCCUCUUGGCGCAGGCUCAGCGCAUCGGGAAAAUGGGCGGGUCGCUUCAGGAUCGUUCCCCUGGAUUCGUUCGUCGAGGAGCUGUUCGACUCAUCGACUCCGCUCUGCUGAUGGACCAGCUUGCUCAGGCAACAACUCGGGCAUGGACGGGGUAGUACUGUCGCAUGCCCGUUGUAUGUUCGCCUUCAGCACGAUUUCCGUCGCGGCAGCCGCUUGGGCCGGACUGUACUCGAGACUCAUCCGCCAUACUCCAUCUUGCACGAUGAUUCGUGGAAGCAUCAUCAACCUCGACUUCGCCUUUCUAAUCUCUCCAACUUGGACUUUUCUUUUGUGGCGCCAUCUCAGCCACCCAUUUUCACACUCAAUUUGCGGCCAGUCAGUCGGAUCUCCUUUGGCCCUUGUGCCGCUUGUUUUCUACCCAAGGCUAUCACAGCCUGGGAUCGAAUGCUGCAUGAGCAUUUCUUACACACCACUUGACGGCUGUAUGAUGUAUGCAACUGCAUUGCACCGACUUUUUAUCACGACGAACGCUCCACCACGGUUGUCUCUUGAUUCACGACCUUCACGGAACUCUCAACUGUAUCGCUUGUUCUUCUCGUCCACGCUCCCAAGAAUAUUGUCUGUCGCUCAGCACGACCAACCCGGACUGGCGGCGACUGGCGGCGGAUCUGGCUCUUCGGAAUUUGGGCAUCAUGUCGCCGAACAAUAAAUACUUGGGUGCGGACAUUUGGAGAAAUACCAGGCCGGCUGGGAGGAUAGUAUGAUGUUUCGUCUGGGCUUCUGGUUCUUGGUUCUUGUUUCUUGUCUUUGAGUUGUUUCUUCUUUCCUUCGCUACGGGGUUAAACUUGGAGGGCUCGGUCCGGAUGUUUGAUAUGCAUUUCCGAGCGUCAUCUGGUAUUUCCUUGGGUUUUACAUAUUCUUUAUAUUGCCCUAGGAUGCCUGCACCUACACUGUUAUUCUUUGCGCACAUAUCUACAUUUUUCCUUUUUUUUUCUGAUUCAGAAAGACAUAUUGGUCCAGGUCAGGAUUGGGACUUUUCCUGUUGUUAUGGAGUUUCUGGUCAGGGUAUCAAGGCGUUGCUUUCGGCGGCUGUUGCGGUCGUACUUGUUUUUAUUUUGAAUGCACGUUCUUCGGUUUUAAUUCUUUCCCGUCCUGGGCUACCCGAAUAGUGUCUUGUCGAACUUGGUGUCGGCGUCACGCAGCGGGCGACAUUCGGUCGCACAAGGGCGCGAGGAAAAGCGUGAAGAGAUGGGCUGCGUUGCCUUUGGGGAGUUGGUUGGGUUUGGCAUGAUUGCGUUGAGAUAUCUGGCUGGUGUUUGGGACAGCGCCAUAUGAAGGUAAAGGGGCAGCUGUCAUGAUCACUAUAGCAUGUCAAUUUAAAAACGGCAUUUUGUGGGGUUCACUGACACUUGACCAGUCG